GACAUUUCAAGAGUCGCAUUGAAAAAACCAACGCCGCUACGUGCUAAUCCAAACAACAAGCGGUGCGGAAAUACAGAAAAUCGUAUUUUUGUCAGGUAUUUUCCGGUAAACGGGCUGGUAAUUUCCAUUUCUUGUGAAAAUAGUGCAUCCUUCGCCAGGCGAAGGCCAAUUUGAGUCACCAAAAUGUCUGCCGUGGUCAAAAUGAAGCUGACCGAUUCGGUCGUUCGUAGCUUCAAAGUGGCGAAAGUAUUCCGCGAAAACACGGAUAAAAUCAACGCAAUCGACUAUUCGUCCAAUGGAGAGAUGCUGAUCAGCUGUAGCGAAGACGAUCAGAUUGUGCUGUUCGAUUGUGAGAAAGGAACCCAGAUACGGACGGUCAAUUCUAAAAAGUAUGGCGUGGAUCUGAUUCAUUUCACCCACGCAAACAACACCGCAAUUCACAGCUCGACAAAGGUGGACGAUACCAUUCGAUAUCUGAGCCUUCACGACAACAAGUACCUUCGAUAUUUCCCCGGGCACACAAAAAAGGUCAUCUCUUUGAACAUCUCCCCGGUAGAGGACACAUUUUUGUCCGGCUCGUUGGACAAAACGCUUCGUUUGUGGGAUUUACGGUCGCCCAACUGUCAGGGCGUGAUGCACCUGAAUGGACGUCCAGUGGCUGCGUACGAUCCGGAGGGGCUGAUUUUUGCUGCCGGUGUUAAUUCGGAGAGCAUCAAGCUGUACGACUUGCGGUCGUUCGAUAAGGGACCCUUUGUGACGUUCAAGUUGAACCAGGAAAAGGAGUGCGACUGGACAGGGCUAAAGUUCUCGCGCGAUGGAAAAACCAUUCUGAUCAGCACGAACGGAUCGAUCAUUCGGUUGAUUGACGCCUUCCACGGAACGCCGCUGCAGACGUUUACCGGCCACUUAAACAACAAAGGCAUUCCCAUAGAGGCAUCGUUCAGUCCGGAUUCGCAGUUCAUCUUCUCCGGCAGCACGGACGGACGGGUUCACGUGUGGAACGCCGACACUGGGUACAAGAUAUGCGUCCUCAACGGUGACCAUCCGGGACCGAUUCAAUGUGUGCAGUUCAAUCCCAAGUUCAUGAUGCUUGCAUCGGCCUGUACCAAUAUGGCAUUCUGGCUUCCGACGGCGGAAGAUUCCUAAGGAUCACACGAUGGGAGGAAGAAUGAAGGACGGACAGGCAUUCUAACGGUAAUUUUGAAUUGUUUUAAACUCGACUAACCGAGAUGUCGUCGUAAGGUUAUCGAUAAGAUAAAUAAAUAAGUAUUUCUGUAA